AUGCAUCAACGCCGAAGUCAGGGCGAUUCAAAAUCAACAAGUAGCACUAGUGGUUCAUUAUCAUCAAUGUCUACAACAAAUAAUGCUUCGUCAACAUCAACAACAGGUCGUGUUAGUAUAUAUUCAAUGCGUGAAAAAGUCAUAUUAAAUAAAAUGACAAAAAUGAUGGGAAAACUAGCACCGAAUACUGAAACAGAAGUUACUAGUCGAUUACAUCAAGAAAUACCAGCUAUUCGACUUGAUGGUCAUCUUACUUAUUGUUUAUAUAGUACUUUACAAAAUAUACUUCAUUUAAGUGCAAUUUAUAUUGUAUUAUAUCAUACAGUUUUUUGGCUUGAUUCAAGUAAUUUUAAUAAAGAAAUUUUAACAUCAUCUCGUAUACUUGAACAAACAAAAUAUGAACAUACACAUUUUAUAACACUUACAAAUCGUUAUUAUGCUCGAACAGGAACAUCAAUUAAUAUAGAUUUAAUAGAUAAAUAUAUUUAUGUAGGUUUACUUGGUAUUAGUUUAGUUGAAUUAAUUAGUGCAUUUUUUUUGGACAUUUAA